UUCUGGUCCACUUUGCAACCUGUACGGCCGCACUGGUAACACCGUUUGCCAGUUUCUCAGUGACACCAUUCAUGCUCUGGACGCUGCUCGCCGUGAAGCCCAGAGCGCCUCGUACAGAUCAGCUGAUCCGCCACGUGACUCCGUGUCGUGGGUCAUCUCUUAGCUACAAAAUGGAGCUAUCGGAGUCGGUUCAAACGGGGCUGCAGUCCCUGGCGGACCCGUCCCUUUUCCACCCGAAGAGUUUCGCCGCGUUGAUGGACGUCGCUUUCCGCAGCUUGCUCUCCGCCCACUCCGACCACGCCGUUCUCGAUCAGGUUGAGCUGAAGCACAUCGACCAGAUCCUGCUGAAACAGUGCCAUGCUGCAGUGACCACAUUCAUACUGGAAGGGGUCAAACAAAAUGCAGACAAAUCAACAAUAAGCACGUGCCUGGAAGAUGCCACGUUUGAUGUGGAGAGGAUAGAGCUAUUCUAUGAUUCCUAUCAGGUGACGGCUAUUGACAAUAAUAAUUUAAUAGUGCUCAUCCUUUUCACUGGCUGUGCUGAAAUGUGCUUUGUUUUACAGAAAUAUAAAGAUGAGCUGGAAGGUUUGUUGGCAAGUAUUGGGAGGCACCCACCCCACAUCACCGACGUGUCAUGGCGUCUCCAAUACCACAUGAAGAACGGGCAGGUGCAUAAGGUCAACGAGCCAGUCUACCUAAUUUCAUUGAACGUUGAGAAUGGCGGCACAGGAGGGCCGUCGUCGGAGGACAUCAACUUCAGCUGCACCACGGAGCAGUUGCAGGACUUGGUGGGGAAACUGAAAGACGCAGCGAAGAGCUUGGAGAAAGCCACUCAGAUAAGCGGGGCGGUCGAACUACAAGCCAUUUUGGGGACGGUGUCAGUUUCCACCGAGCACACACUGCGUUUUACGAGGAGCUGGUUUUUGGAGGCAAAGUUACUGGGUGCCGAAGUGGGACGCUGCCGAUCGCAAAGCCAGCGGAACCGGAGCCUUUCGAAGCCGACUCUUCUCUCUCUCACACUGACCAUGCAUCGAACAACCAGGAUAAAGAUUACAGAGCUUAACCCUCACCUCAUGUGCGUCUUAUGCGGGGGCUAUUUCAUAGACGCAACGACCAUCAUCGAGUGUCUGCAUUCAUUCUGCAAGAUGUGCAUUGUGCGCUACCUGGAAACCAGUAAAUACUGUCCCAUCUGUGAUGUUCAAGUGCACAAAACUAAGCCUCUUCUCAACAUUCGAUCAGAUAAAACUCUACAGGAUAUUGUCUACAAGCUGGUCCCCGGCCUCUUCAAAAAUGAAAUGAAGAGAAGAAGAGAUUUCUACGCUGCACACCCUUCGGUAGAUGCUUCAAAUGGAUCGAAUGAGGAUCGUGGCGAGGUGGCGGAUGAAGACAAGAGAAUUAUUACAGACGAUGAGAUCAUCAGUCUCUCUAUUGAGUUCUUCGACCAGAGCAGGGUUAAACUGGUUGGCGGACCAGAUGACAAGCCAUCUAAAGAGCAGGUGGCCAAUAAGAGGUACCUGCAGUGUCCUGCAGCUAUGACAGUCAUGCACCUGAGAAAGUUCCUUCGAAGUAAGAUGGACAUCCCCAACACCUACCAGGUUGAAGUCAUGUAUGAAGACGAGCCACUGAAGGAUUACUACACAUUAAUGGAUAUAGCAUAUAUCUAUACGUGGAGAAGGAAUGGCCCCUUGCCUCUGAAGUAUCGAGUCAGACCCAACUGUAAGAAGAUGAAAAUGAGCCACGCGCAGCAGGAGGGCCAGAACAGCACCGGCAGAUCCGGUCCAGAGAGCGACUCAGCAAGUGACAAAGCCAGCAGUCCCGCCGGCGUCCCCUCUACGUCGUCGUCAUUGCCCAGCCCCAGCACGCCGGCACAGUCACCUCACCCACAGUUUCCUCUUGUUCCCAACACCAUCAAUGGGGCUUCGACCUCAGCCCCAAGCCAGAGCCGGCCGUAUCAGUUUGGCACCAAGCCGCGGAAGGUGUCCCUCAACGGCUCCUCUGGAUGACUGCUGUCUUCAAGGCCGCCAGACAGCCAACGCCAGACCUGCUCAGCUAAUACUUCCACGCCAACCUAGUUCCAUUGUCAUAGAGGCUCUCUUUUUUUUAUUACCAUUGUUGUUAUGAAUAUUACGGAAUAUGUACGUUUGACAUAGUGGAAAGUGAAGCAUUUCAAAAGAACUUAGCACAGGUCUUCUUUUGAAAGGUGACAUUUGCAGAACGAUGGUAUGUUUAAAAAAAAGUUUAGGCAGGAGAAUGGAGAACAUCUAUCCCACACAAAGCUACAUUUUUUUUACAGAUGUGACUGAAUAUAGUCUUUUUUUUUAUUUCUUUUCCUUUUUUUUAAUCAGACAAGUCUAUUUGGAAAUUGUCCGUCAAUACAUUGCAUGCUCAUGCCAACACAGUCCUUUUAACAGAAGAAGGGGGAGAGUGGUGAUGCUUGUUUGCCUCUGGCCUAAAGUCAAGUCAAUUUUAUAUAUGUAUAGCCCAAUAAUACAAAUUUGCCUCAAGGGGCUUUACAGUAACACAACAUGCUGUCCUUAGACCCUCGCAUCAGAUGAGGAACAACUCAACAAGUUUGCAAGAUGAACCUGCUUGGGAGGGGCGGGGUGAGGGGUGGGGGGGAUGUAACGUGGAAAAUGGUCUAGGCUUGUACUGAACUAGUCCACGGAGGAGAAAUAAAUCUCAGAAGACUUUAAUUUGUCUUUACUGGAAACAAUUUCUCAUGUAGCUGCAGUGGAAUCCAGUCGCUAUCCCUCACAUCUGUAACAUGUAAGCGGUUUUAGAAAAUCCACAUGUAAAUAUGAAAAAAAAUUGCCUAUUUAACCAGCGAUGACGUCAUGCCGUUCCCCUCCGUUCGAAGGGAAUGACAGGCUCUUGUGCUAGAGAGACAGAGAGGAUAAAAAGAGCACCUCAACUCCAUUUCAUGCUUAAUGACAGAUGUUUUGAUGUCUCCCGUGUUUUACGUAUUUGUAUCGCUCAAUUGUAUGGACAACUAUUGUAUUGUUACUGUUGCACAGUAUAAAAACAUCUAAAUAAAACAUUUUAC